AUGGCUUUUUCACCAAUGACAUUUACAACAUCACCUGCACAAAGUAAUAUAUGUGCUAAUGGCCGUACACCGAUGUCAACACCAUCACGAGCACGAUCUGAUCUUGGUAGUGCACGAAAAUUGCGUUUAGUUAAUGAACAAGAAGAAUUAGAAGGUGAUAUUGAUGUAAAUACAGCUGAUAAUCAAGUUGUUAUUUGGGGUACUGAUGUACAUGUUAAUGAAUGUAAACGUCGAUUUAUAUCAUUUUUAAAAAAAUUUCAUUUAAACGUUGAAGAAGCAAAUCUUGAAGGUGUUGAUCCAGCUAAACCAUAUUAUAUGCAAAAACUUGAAGAAAUUCAUUUACUUGAACGUCCAUUUCUUAAUGUUGAUUGUUCACAUAUGAAACAAUUAGAUAAAAUAAUGUAUCAUCAAUUACUUGCCUAUCCACAAGAAGUUAUACCUAUAUUUGAUAUUGCUGUUAAUGAAUUAUUUUUUACAAUUUAUGAAGAUGAUACACUUCCACAUCAAAUCCAAGUACGACCAUAUAAUGUUGAUAUGUUUCGAAAUAUGCGUUGUCUUGAUCCAGAAGAUAUUGAUAAAUUAGUCAGUCUAACAGGCAUGGUUAUUCGAUCAUCAUUAAUUAUGCCAGAAAUGCGUUCAGCAUAUUUUUCAUGUAAUACAUGUAGUUUUCAUGUUCAAGUUGAAAUUGAUCGUGGUCGUAUUGCUGAACCAACCGUAUGUACAUCAUGCAAUACAGCACAUUCAUUUGAACUUAUUCAUAAUCGAUCAUUAUUUGCUGAUAAACAAUUUAUCAAAUUACAAGAAACACCAGAGGAAAUGCCUGCUGGUCAAACACCAGUGACAGUUACUAUUGUAGCACAUAAUGAUCUUGUUGAUGCAGUACAACCUGGUGAUCGUGUACAAGUAACUGGUAUAUUUCGCGCAGUACCAGUUCGAAUGAAUCCUAAAACACGAAAUGUUCGAUCUGUAUAUCGUACAUUUAUUGAUGUUAUUCAUUUUCGUCGUCAUAAAACAUUUACAGCUGAAGGUGGAAUUGGCGAGCAAGCAACAAAUGAUGAUGAAGAAUCAACUUCAUCAAAAUUUUCAAAAGAUCGUUUAGCUCAAUUUCGUAAUUUAUCUGAACGUCCUGAUAUUUAUGAAUUAUUAUCAAAUGCUAUUGCUCCAAGUAUUUUCGGACAUGAAGAUAUUAAAAAAGGUAUUUUAUUACAAUUAUUUGGUGGAACAAAAAAAAGUUUUAUUGAUGCUGGACGAAAAAGUUGUCGAUCUCAAAUUAAUAUUCUACUUUGUGGAGAUCCUGGUACAGCUAAAUCACAAUUACAACAAUAUGUCUUUCGUUUGGUACCACGUGCUCAGUAUACUAAUGGUAAAGGUACAAGUGCAGUUGGUCUUACAGCUUAUGUUACAAAAGAUCCUGAAACUAAUCAACUUGUUCUUCAAACUGGUGCAUUAGUCCUUGCAGAUAAUGGCAUUUGUUGUAUUGAUGAGUUUGAUAAAAUGAGUGAAAGUGCUCGAUCAAUACUUCAUGAAGUUAUGGAACAACAAACAUUAUCAAUAGCUAAAGCUGGUAUUAUAUGUACAUUAAAUGCUCGAACAUCGAUUUUAGCUGCUGCUAAUCCAAUUGAAUCUCAAUGGAAUAAAUCAAAAACUAUUAUUGAAAAUAUUCAAUUACCACCUACAUUACUUUCGCGUUUUGAUUUAAUUUUUCUUUUACUCGAUCCACAAGAUGAAGCAUAUGAUCGACGAUUAGCACAACAUUUAGCUUCAUGGUACCAAUAUGGCAAAGAAGGUGAAAGUGCUCAUGAAGCUAUGGAUGCUGAUUUACUUCGAGAUUAUAUAUCAUAUGCACGAACUUUUGUUAGUCCACAUUUAACUGAAGCAACUGGAAAACUUCUUGUUAGCUCAUAUGUUGAAAUGCGUAAAGUUGGUAGUGGUAAAGGACAAGUUUCUGCAUAUCCUCGACAACUUGAAUCAUUGAUUCGUUUGGCUGAAGCACAUGCAAAAGUUCGACUUUCAGAUAAAGUCGAAGAACUUGAUGUUGAAGAAGCUAAACGACUUUAUCGUGAAGCAUUAAAACAAGCAGCUGUUGAUCCUAAAACAGGUCGCGUUGAUGUAGCAAUUUUAACAACAGGUAUUAGUGCUGGUGAACGUCGACUUCGUGCUGAUCUUGCUCAAACUCUUAAGCGUCACCUUAAAGAACGUAAAUCAACACAUACUACAGAAGCAAUUAAAAAGGAUAUAUUAUUUAAUGAAAUGCGUGAACGAAGUGAUGAACGUAUUACACGUGAUAUGUUUGAUGAUGCUGUUCGAGCAUUAGAAGAAGAAAAUUUUAUUGUAGCAACAAAUCAUACAAUUCGUAUUGUUACAUUGGGUGAAUCUAAUUUUGAUUAA